AUGGCGGUCAACUCCAAUAUCAUUCAAGUCUUUUGUAAUCAAGAAGCAAGGAAGAAGCAUAAGGUUAUGCUUGUUUCCAAGGCACCUCUUCCAAUUUCUCGUUGUUUGUCUUCUCCUGAAGUAGACAUUCCCGAAGAAGAACCCGCUUCUGCAAUGAAUGAACAAACUACAGAAGCUACUGCUUCUGAGAUGGUUGAAUUUGAGAACUCUUCUGCUGAAGAUGGUAGCCCUUAUGUUGUUUUGAAGACUACUGUUACUACAGAAAUGCCACAUGGGUUGAAGGAAACUUUAGAAGAGUUGAAGAAAACAAAUACCAUCAUCCUACAGCGUCUUGACAAGCAAGACCAGUGGAUUGAAGAGCAUUCUAGCCUCUCCAACUUGAUGAAGGAAAUCAUAGCAAGGCAGCCUCCUCCUCCUCCACCAAACCCUUAG